ACGAGCCUUUUGGGUAAAAUUUGUGUCUUUUCUCGUGAUUGUUAGUAGGCGCUUUGUAAUUAGCAGUAGAGCCGCAGUUGCAUAGUAUGCCAUGGCAUGUAUCAGUUGCGAGGUAUGCUUAUCGCAGUCCAAGGAGGCGUAUCUGGAUAUUUUCGCCGAAGAGCACUCCGGCAAACAAAUUGCCCUGAUCAUUCAGAAGUAUCUCUGGUUCGAAGUCAAACCAGUGUCGGAAGCCAGUAAACGCUGCAUCUGUUCCAGUUGUUGGCUUUCCCUCGAGCAGUUUCAUGAUUUCUACACCGAAAUUCAACGAGCCCAAGCGUUAGCUUUUGUGCAUGGCACCGAUGCGGCCACACCUGCCGGAACAGUACCGGAUUGCAUCGUGGAAGAAUGUGCCGCAAGCAAGAUUCAUACCGAGUUCUACGAGGUGAAAGUAGAACCAACCGAUAACGUCUCGGAAGGAGUUAACGAAGAAGAAGGGGAAGAUAACUGUACAGAGAAACCCUUAGCGUGUGUGUUUGUGAAAUGUGAGGGGCUCGUUGCACCGGAUCCAACGGCACAGUCCGAUCACGAAGAAGUAGACAUUUUGCAGGAGCAGCAGGAGCAACAACAGCAGCCACAGCCGCCACCGACUGAGGAAGAUCAAUCCGUUGAUUCAUCAGACGCUUGCUCUACGGCUGGCGAAGGAACGUCGAAACCGAAACAAACGAGAAACGCCGUCACUAGUCAGGACUCAAAGAGACGAAAAGUGGAAGACCAGAAAAAGGAGGAUGAAGAAUUGCUGCGCUUCUACAAGCGGAUAGUAUGCGAGACGUGUGACAACCAGCGGAUGAUGGCCGGAGAACCACAGAUAGAUUACGGCACCUGGAGGGCGCUGCUAAGGCACACGAAGGAGUGCCAUGGGCACGACAAAAUCUACGUCAAGUGCCCCGUUUGCGAGGUGAAACUGCGGACCAAAUUUAACCUGCUGCAGCACAUGGAAAUGCACGAGAAUCCGGAAAAGUAUCGCUGCAAGCUGUGCUCCGAGGUGCACCAGAACAUGAAGGAACACAUGCAGAACAAACACCAGGAGCGACAGUUUUGCUGCGACGUGUGUGGCAAGAAGUUCCCGUUCAAGAAGCGGCUCACGGUGCACAUCAAGAAGAUGCACGUGGAGAAGGAUAUUAUCUGCGAUCAGUGCCAGAAACCCUUUACUCGGUAUACGAUCGAGGACCAUCGGCGAUCGGUGCAUACGGCACGGUUCGUGUGCGAGCACUGUCCCAAAACGUUCAACAGUCGGUUUCGGUUACGGCAGCAUAUGGAGGAGCACGAUGAAAGCUUGCGCAACUCCACAUCCGUCCCGUGUACGGUAUGCGGACAGGUGAUGCGCGACAAGUAUAUUCUUAGUCGGCACGUAAAACUGAUGCAUACCGUGCAGCCGCCCGUGAGUUGCAAUACGUGCGGUAAAACGUUCAAGUGUAAACGCAACCUAUCGGUGCAUAUGGCCAACGUUUGCCUUGAACCGACGCGCCUCUUCCCGUGCACGAUCUGUGGUAAACAGUUUCGGCGCAAAAACAAACUGAAGGAGCACAUGUCGACGCACACUGGGAGACCGCUGUACAUGUGCUCGUUCUGUCCGGAAACGUUCCGCCAGGAUACGCAUCUGUACUACCACCGGAAGAAUGCGCACUACGAGCAGUGGCUGGAGAUGCAGAAGCAGCGAAAGGAAGGGGUACGGUUUCGGUUGAACGAAUUGUCGUAACUCGGCCCUGACGCCCGUUGAUUCACCCUCUACUGUGGACUCUCUGGAACCCUCUGGGGGUCUAUUCCAUGCGUAAAAUGUUGUUCAAAUCGUCAAACUUUUUAAAAUGUUUAUGGCAUCACAUAAGUUUCUUUUAGUUUACAAUCCUGUGCAAUAACGUCUAGACCAAAAAAUCUUCAAUUGAUGAUGCAGCUUUUGUUAAAUUGAAAAGUAGUACUGACAUAUUUUAGUAAUUUUUUUUACAAACAUGACUUAAUUGAUAGAUUGUAAAAUAAUUUUAAGAUUCUUUUCAGACUUUUCUGCAAACUUAAAAAAAAUCAUGCUAUUAUGGACCGUUUGGUUCCUUAUCUUCUGUAAUAUA